AUGGUGUCGCCUAAAACUUUUGCACCAUCAUCAUUGCUACCAGCACCAGCGCCCAACGAAAAAUCAUACAAAGUUGCUAUUCGUGCAAAUGAUCUCUUUGAGCGUGGCCAGUACAACGAAGCCAUCAUCGACUACACCAAAGCUUUGCAACUGUCAAAAGAUUGCAGCGAAACAGACCAAACCUUUGUAGCCUUGAUAUACUCAAACAGAAGUGCAUGCUACAUCAAAAUCAGAGAGUACGAAAAAGCCAGACGAGAUGCUGUGCAAACCAUCGAUUUGGCUAGUACGUGGUCCAAGGGUUAUUUUCGUCAUGGCGAAGCUCUAUUGAAAUUGGAGCAAUUUGAUGAGGCUCUGGAGGCUUUUCAGAUGGCAAUGGACAGAGAGGAUGCCGCGAAUAUCAAGGAAAUAUCAGCCUUUGUCGCAAAGACGUUGAUCGAGAAGGAUAAUGCCAGGAUGGGGAUCAAAAUCAUUCAGCUGAUUUCAGGACAGGACAUUGCUGUGGAAAAAAGUGUGUUGAACCCAAUUCAAAGCAAAUUGUACGAGUUUGCUGCACACAUGAAAAACAUUAUACACAUCAUUGUGGACAUCAAAACAAACAAUUGUAUUCUCAUUGAUGCGUGCUGGGAUAUUGAUGGCAUACUAAAGUACAUUGAUGAGCAAGGUUAUACCGUUGUAGCCACUGUAGUUACACAUUACCACUUUGAUCAUAUUGGAGGAUCUCCACCAGCACCCUACGACACCUUACCCAUCAAGAUAUCCGGCCUUUCUAGCCUUUUGAAAAAGAUACCACACAUCAAAGCCUACAUUCACCCGCUUGAAAUACCCUUCAUUCAACAGACCAACUCUAGUAUCCAAUUCAAUCGUCUUGUGCCCACGACCACUGACAUUACUACUCAUCUCAACAUUGGAAAGAUACACAUUGAAUUUUUACAUACCCCAGGUCAUACCCCAGGAUCGCAAUCUCUGUUGGUCAAUAAAUCAAGGCUGAUUGCAGGAGACACUCUGCUGUGUGGAGGGCAUUGUGGCAGGACUGACUUGCCUGGAGGCAACCGUAGAGCCAUGGAAAAGACACUUCGCCAUGUGUUGGGUGGUCUGGACAAUCGCAUUGUUGUGUAUCCAGGACAUUACUACGGCUCUACGUGGUCCACUAUAGGCAUGGAGCGAGAGAACGGUUGCCUAGGCGACGAGCUGGUGGGAUUUGGCAUGGAAACCACAGUGUAA